UCAGUACUUUAGAGAUGCUUUUGAAGUUUUUUUCUAAAAAGGGGAAAAACUAAGAAAUGCUCAAUUUUCCCCCCUCACUCCCCCAUCAGGAUUUUCCUCAUAUAAUGGAGGAGAGAUGAACGGCACAAGCAAAAUGAUGGAUUUCCUGGAGGAACCUCUUCCUGGUGUGGGGACCUAUGAAGAUUUUAACACUAUAGAUUGGGUGCGAGAGAAGUCCAGGGACCGGGACAGGCACAGAGAGAUUACCAGCAGAAGUAAAGAGUCAACAUGGGCCCUGAUACACAGCGUGAGUGAUGCUUUUUCUGGCUGGCUGUUGAUGCUGUUUAUUGGGUUGUUAGCAGGUUCCUUAGCAGGUCUAAUAGACAUUUCUGCCCACUGGAUGACAGAUUUGAAAGAAGGAGUGUGUUUAGCAGGCUUCUGGUUUAACCAUGAACACUGCUGCUGGAAAUCCAACACUACCUUUACAGACAGAGACAAAUGUCCUGAAUGGAAGAGCUGGUCACAGCUUAUUAUUGGCCAUGGAGAGGGGGCUUUUGCAUAUAUUCUCAACUACUUGAUGUAUGUUAUCUGGGCUUUGUUAUUCUCCCUUCUUGCUGUGUUACUUGUGAAGGGCUUUGCUCCUUAUGCCUGCGGCUCAGGAAUUCCAGAGAUCAAAACUAUCUUAAGUGGUUUCAUCAUUAGAGGCUACUUGGGCAAGUGGACGCUGAUCAUCAAAACCAUUACCUUAGUGUUGGCGGUGUCCUCUGGCCUGAGCUUGGGAAAAGAGGGCCCCCUGGUGCAUGUUGCCUGCUGCUGUGGAAAUAUCUUGUGUCAUCUCUUCACCAAGUACAGGAAGAAUGAAGCCAAGCGCAGAGAGGUUUUAUCAGCAGCUGCAGCUGCUGGUGUGUCUGUAGCUUUUGGUGCACCGAUUGGAGGAGUGCUCUUUAGUCUGGAAGAGGUCAGUUACUAUUUUCCUCUCAAGACACUGUGGCGUUCCUUCUUUGCUGCUCUGGUAGCUGCGUUUACUUUGCGCUCCAUCAAUCCUUUUGGGAACAGCCGCCUGGUUCUCUUCUAUGUGGAGUUUCACAUGCCAUGGCAUCUUCUGGAGCUUGUGCCAUUCGUCCUUUUGGGAAUAUUUGGUGGGCUUUGGGGAGCUUUCUUCAUUCGCAGCAACAUCGCCUGGUGCAGGCGACGUAAGACAACCAAACUUGGUAAAUACCCUGUGCUGGAGGUGUUUGUAGUGACUGCUAUCACAGCCAUCCUGGCCUUCCCUAAUGAGUAUACCAGAAUGAGCACCAGUGAGCUGAUCUCUGAACUCUUCAAUGACUGUGGGAUUUUGGACUCUUCCAAGCUCUGUGAGUAUGUGAAUGACUUCAACAGCACCAAAGGGGACGACCUGCCAGACCGAGCUGCUGGCCCAGGAGUUUACACAGCCAUGUGGCAGCUGGCUUUGGCCCUUAUAAUGAAAGUCUUCAUCACAAUCUUCACCUUUGGCAUGAAGGUCCCUUCAGGGCUCUUCAUCCCAAGCAUGGCAGUUGGUGCUAUAGCAGGAAGAUUGUUAGGAGUAGCAAUGGAGCAGCUGGCCUUUUACCACCAUGACUGGGUCAUCUUCAGUGGCUGGUGCAGUCAAGGAGCUGACUGUAUCACUCCAGGCCUAUAUGCAAUGGUUGGGGCUGCAGCAUGUCUAGGAGGGGUGACCCGAAUGACUGUGUCGCUAGUGGUCAUUAUGUUUGAGCUCACGGGUGGACUGGAAUACAUAGUUCCUCUGAUGGCAGCAGCCAUGACCAGCAAGUGGAUGGCUGAUGCUAUUGGGCGGGAAGGCAUUUACGAUGCCCACAUUCGUCUCAAUGGCUACCCUUUUUUGGAAGCCAAGGAGGAGUUCUCGCACAAGACACUUGCAAUGGAUGUAAUGAGACCACGGAGGAACGAUCCUCCUCUGACUGUCAUUACUCAGGACAGCAUGACAGUAGAAGAUGUUGAGACCAUAAUCAACGAAACUACGUACAGUGGCUACCCAGUGGUGGUGUCACGGGAGUCCCAAAGACUCGUAGGAUUUGUUCUCAGGAGAGACCUCAUCAUUUCAAUCGAAAAUGCCCGGAAGAAGCAGGAUGGAAUUGUGAGCACCUCGAUUAUUUAUUUCACUGACCACUCUCCUCCACUGCCUCCAAGCUUCCCCUCUAUGCUGAAACUCAGGAGCAUCCUGGAUCUCAGUCCUUUUACAGUGACGGACCAAACACCCAUGGAAAUUGUCGUGGAUAUAUUUCGCAAGCUUGGAUUGCGCCAGUGCCUGGUUACUCAUAAUGGGAAGCUACUUGGAAUCAUUACCAAAAAGGAUGUACUAAAGCACAUUGCACAGCUGGCUAACCAGGACCCAGAUUCUAUACUCUUCAAUUAAUGGCAGACUAGUAGGUGUUGUGUGUUAUACACAAAAGAAACUUUAUAGAAGAAACUGGAUAUUCUUUCCUAUUUUUACUGGGACCUUGGAACUAAUUUCAGCAUUUCCUUUCAUGGAGCUGAAGAAGAUAUUUUUUUUUUCUACAAGAUAACCAAUUGCACUACAUAGUCUGUGGAAAAUUAAUCUUCUUUUUAGAAGAAAAAAAGACUACAUUUGCUUUUGUGAAGUUGCAUUGGAAAGAUUCCAUGAAGAAGUAAAAGCAAAAUGCUACAGAACUCUCUUCUUUUUACUUUAUCUGAAUUCUUGUUACUAAUGUGGGGAGGAAAGACAAGGUGUAUACCUUCAGAAAUUCUGAAGGCAGAUGAUUUUUGCACACAGUAUUAAGGUGGUGGCGGAAGGAUACAGUUGUAACUCAGGGGCAGUGUAUUUCCAGUGAGCCAAUUAGUGAAAAUAAGAACCUUGUACAGUCAAAAAAAAAAAAAAAAAAAAGCCCUUAUAAAAUUGUCAGGUGGUUCUGAAGAGCUCAACUCCUCAAUUACCGAUAUUGGCUAGCUCAGAAUGUUUUGCUGAGAGAAGGAAAAAAGUCCCCCAGAAGACCAGUCUUCAUAAGACUGGGUUCACUUUUCAAUUGAGAAGAGUUUAUUUUGAUUAAUCUUCUGUGAAUGUAUUUAAUUACUCUAAUGCUAGCUUGCUAGGAGAAUCCUGAGUAGGAGACAGGAAGAGUUAACAGUUGUAUUCUUGUCAUGCUCCCUUUUUUUUAGAUAUAUGCAUAAGGAUUUCUUCUUGAUUUCUUUUGAGCAUGUAAUUAAAAUUGCAAAGACUGAAUCCUAAAGCCCUGGCUUUACUGCACUUCUAAGUAAAGUCUGAUCAUAUUAGUUAUUGUGCAACUGACCUCUUCCUUAAUCAGCAGUGUCUUAUGUUGCUGAGGAUGUCUUAAUGGAGACUCCUGGGCCCGGAAUGUUUACAUGGAUGCAUUUUUUUUUUGUUCCCUGCUACUCUCUUCAGCCCUGCACCAAACUCAGGCUCGGAUCCUGGCUCUAGGAUUGAGAACACUGCCACUUUAUGUAUGUUUGCCACUCGAUGUCUCUUGUUUCACUAACUAUGCAAUAAGAACCCUGCCUGACAACUGUCAGCAACAUAACUUGUUCCUGAGAGUUGCUCCGUUCCAAGUCUGUGCUCCUUGAAUCCCUGUUCCAAUUAAUUUUCUGUUAAUAAAAUUGUGACAGUUAACUGGA